UCGACAACCUCCACUAUCCACCCAGUUUCCUCUCCACAUCUCCUCCAUCAACCUCCCAUCUCGCACUCUUUUGAUCUAUAUUUCUACUCCGCCUAAUCAGAAUCCUACCCUACCGGCUUUCCGCGGAUCCACUCCACGCUCGUAUCACCCGCGCACCCGCUAUCGCAUCGACACCAUGAAGCCCGUUGUCUCCCUGUUAAACGCUUGGUCCUGCGUGGUCAUCUCCCUCUUCGCCAUUGUCAUCCUCUCCGUCCUCGGAUCGCUAUACCAGAACGAUCACCACGGAUUCACCGGCUCGGAAGGCGAGCCUGAAGACGGCGGCGCAGUCGCCGCCUCGAUCUUUACCGCCGUUUUCAUCUACAUCGCCUUCUUCGUAUUCUGUGCUUUCCAGGCUUAUCUGCACGUGAGGGCUCGCAGGGGAGGCUCCAUAUCGUUGAACUAGAUCGCUAGAGCUUGUCGUUCGUUUGUUACACUUUCCUUUGCUUUUCACCAUGGGCUAUAUUGUCCAUUCCCAACCGACUUUAUCAAUCCUAUCUAUGUGGUGAGAAUCGUGGGUUGAUUGCGCUGUUCUGCUGGCUAGACUCGCGACGUCUUGAGUCGCGCUGUUGUUGAGCGAGUCGUCUGUUGACUCUGACUUCGGACCUCACACAGUACCCUCCUUGUCGCUGUUCUGGCGUUAUACUUACUGGGCUGGAGGAUCCGUGAGAUGUAUAUACCUAGUCUAUCAGUUAACAUAGACAUUGUUUCUUUAU